AUGGUCGAAGCCGAUAAGGUUCAAAACUCCAAAGUUCGUAGUGGAGUUCAGACUUCUACUUGUACCCCAAUAGGAUCGAAAAUUAUGAGCAUCAUCAAAACUUUUUGCGCUUUGAUCAAAACAGCAAAAGGGAAAGAAAAAAUUUUUGCACUGUUUCAAUUCUCAAGUUCCCUUUACAAGCAUGGUUUCUUGGAAUCAGAAUUUGAUAUUUCCUUAAAAGAAAAAAAAACUUUGUAUAUAAACUCAUUUGAAAAGACUAUGAAAAAUGGGAGGAAGCUAAUGAAAUCUUUUAUGUUUUUUGAUGAAAUCGCUGCUAUAGAGAAACACAUUUCCGAUAAUUCAAAAUUUUCAAUCCUAAAAAUUUCCGAAAUUUCGUAUCAUUUUGUAAGUAUGGUUUAUUAUUUCCUGGAUAAUCUUAUUUGGUGCCUAGAUAACAAGCUGUUUCCUUUGGAUGAUUUCAGAAGAGUCAUAAGGAAAUUAAAAGAUUUUUCAUCUCUUUUAAGGUGUAUUAUUCAGAUCAUAAUUGCAUAUAUUAUGGUCAAAAAGAACAGAGCAAUCCAGCUAGGUAUUAGAAGUAUUUUCCUUGGAAAUUCCUGUAGAGUUUUUAAAAACGAAGGCAAAUUAAAAAAUCUAUUGUUUUCCCUUCUGGCUUAUAGAACCGAAUUUAGAUUUAUGAUUAUUGAUUUAUCAAUAAAUAUAAUGAGAGGGCUUAUGUCUUGCCAAUCACUUAAUCUUCCUGGAUCGUCUUGUAUCAGUCAUAGAUUUUCAGCUGUUUUAGGAGUUAUUUCUGCAACGCUAUCAAUUUAUAACUCGAUCAAUGCAGAGUGUAGAGCUCCUUUGCCUACACAUGAACAUAAAGGAAGAAAGUUAAGCGAUAAUUUAAUAUUAUAA